AUGGGGGCUUUGCUUGCUCAAUACCUAGAGGAGUCUAGGAAGGAGAAUGCGAUUUAUUACAUUAGUAAGAAGAUGUUGGCUUAUGAAGAGAAGUAUUCACCACUUGAGAAGACAUGUGUAGCACUUGUAUGGGCAACCCGUAAGCUUACACAUUAUAUGCUUGCUUUCAAGAAGUCUGUGAAGGGGAGAGCAAUUGCUGAUCACUUGGCCCACUGUUCACCCGAAGAAGCUGAAGAAAUCCAAGGAAACUUUUCAGAUGAGGAUAUCAUGGGGAUAGAGCUAGAAUCAUGGAAGAUGUAUUUUGAUGGGGUAACCAAUCAAAAUGGAAGUGGCAUUGAAGUUCUCCUAAUUUCUCCAAAUGGGACACACAUCCCAUUCUCUGGUAGGCUUAACUUUCCUGCCACUAAUAAUGCCACUGAAUAUGAGGCUUUCAUUAUGGGGUUACAAGUGGCCUUAGGUCUAGGAGUAAAAGAGUUGGAAGUGUAUGGUGAUUCAGCCUUGAUAAUUUCUCAAAUUCAAAAUAGAUGGAAAAUCAAGGAGGAAAAACUGAUGCCUUAUCAUGAAUGUGUCCAGAAGUAG